AUGUUGUACACUAAUACUAUGAUCAUUGGCAAUUUCUAUCCCAUGGAUCUUGUGACACACCUUACUUUCCAAUAUUUGAGAAAAUGGGCCGGCGGUGUCAACCUCUGCCAGAACCAGAGCAUCAAGAACGACCAGCUACAAUUCGAUAUUCCGGUGAUCCAUUCGCACGUUUUCCGCAAGAAAUUAUGGAAGAGUUGUUGA